AGCUUCAAGCACCCCUUGCCCCCCUUGAAAUUGUCAUUGACCUUAUUGACAUAUCAUUAUCAUUGUCUAUUCUUUCUCACACCUUUUCAAGGAGGACUAAAAGCACACUACAUAACCUCCCCCAGGAGUACUAGCUGCACAGCCAAAAACUACAUCUAAAAACCACUACUUUCCACUUCCCACACCAUGUACCGGCCUCCCACCAACGAAGAGCUGCAGCUCAUCACCCGCCACACCGAGCGGCUCCGGGUCAGGAACCGCAGCUUCCCCGCGGCGUCCAUCAUCUCCCCCGUCGAAUGCCACAAAUUGGCCACCGACAACAAAAUCGUGGAUGAGAAAACGCGGGAAAGAAUCACCCGGCUGUCGCAAACACGAGCAGGAGCCGAUGGUACCCCUGUUCUGAAAAAGCAAGAAAAACGGGAAGAGCAGAUGACGGCCGAUAGCUACGAGGAGUGCAUCCAGCGGAUAUUGACCCACCCUUUUAUGUAUCUCUCCCUAGCAAACGACAAAACAAGCGAUUCGAUCAAUGUCGGGUUUUGCCUGAAAGAAGAAGUCCAUCGGAAGAGCGAGAAAAAAGGACACCAAGAACGAAACUCCCGCAACAGCAGCGCGGAAAGCAGGAAAUCUGCAGCAGAAAGUGUGACAGGGAGGACUUCUGGCACCAGAUCCAGUGUGAAAAAACCGUUGCUUUCCACAGCGACGAGAAUCAGUUUGGGAAGUUCGCCGACAUUGAGGCCAUCUUCGGAAGUUGUUGCUGUACAACCGAAAAAUGGUAGUACAACUAGGCUCUCUUUAUCCUCUCUCUCCUCGAAGCCGCAGAAGUAUCAGAUUCGCUUGAUUGUGAAGUGGACGGGAGAAUUGGAUCCGAAAACGCCGGUAAAAACUUCCCAUGUUUUUCAGCAGACAACUGAAGAUGUCGCUGACACAGAAGAGAAGUUGAUGGCCAAGGCCAGGAGGAGGAGCAAGGAAAUGCUUUCUGAGGAGCAAAACCGGAUGAAGACGAAAGAAAAGCAGGCCACGGAAGAUGGACAAAAUCAAGAAGACCCGGGUGAGGAAUCCUUUCUAAACGACAUCAAACAGGUAUGGAAGUGCACAACUCCCCCUCCCCCUCAAUGUAUCGCAUGAACAGCAAUACAAGCCCAAGCGUCAGAGAGAAUACAGGUUUUGCAUGACAAAUUUGGACAGGAGUGCAGUGCUAUUUGGGCUGCCAGAACUUGCCAUGCAAACAAUGGCAAGAGCCAAGGCGUAAGUUAGGCACUUUGCAUGACGAAUGAGGGGGAGGGGGAGUUGUGCACUCUCAUAACAGGAACGACAAUCGUUAUCGCGCUCCCCCUCCCCCGCGAACAAACUGGAGCUGGCCGAGGCGAUUCAGACAAAAUUCAAAUCCCGAAUCCGCAAAUCUCUCCAAGAAUUGGGGUCGAAAGCCGCGGAAAAACAACGGAAAGCGGAGGAGUAUUUGAGGAACAGACAAUUGCAGUUUGAACUGAAUUAUGAACUGCAAAAGUAUCGUACUAGUACUAAUCGCAUUACAAAUUUGCGCAGCAUAACAAAUGGAAUUUCUCAUGCUGAUUUGCCUUGAAAAAGAGAUUUGUAAUGCAUAAAUGCGAUUACUACGAGUGCGAUGCUUCUGCACUGGAUAUGAAUUCGAAUUUAAUCGCCGAGCAGGUGAAGGAGUUCGAGAACAAUUCUAGUUCUUUGUCCAACAAAAACAACGAUUUUGACCAAGAAAAACUGGACAAGCUCCACCGGCUGUCCUUCGCGACGAAUCUGAAAAAACCAGACCACAAGAAAACGGAACAGGAAAUCAAGAAUGACUUAAAAAAAGAGCAGGAGUUUGCGGAGAAGGAGAAACAUCGGAAAUCGUUACUGGAAAAAACGUAUCAACUGCAAGAAUGUCUGGGUCUGGAAGAUUGCCAGGUUUGUCAUGCAUAUUUUGAAUGACCCAUGAUGUCUGUGAUGCAUGCCCUAGCGUCACAGAUUUUUAGAGGACUUUGCGAUGCCUCUACCGCAUGAGAAAUGCCCUCUCCGCGUAAGUAGCGCGAACUGGAGUCCUUUUGCUGGACGUGCAAUACAAAUUUUUUCAGAAUCCAGAGACAGCAUUACAAGUUUAGAAUCUUCCAGACCCAGACACUUUUACAUUUGAUAAGACGAAAAACAUCGUGCACAAUUUGGUAAUAUCAAAUGCAAAAAUGUCUGGGUCUGGAAGAAUGUAUGUUUGUCAUGCUUGUCAGGCAUGACUCUACAAUCUGUCAUGCAUGUUACCCAAAUGCCCCAUUUUUCUGUCAUGCAGAAACGCAGUUUGUCAUGCGGGAUAGGCAACACCUAGAAGCUCAAAAACUUGUCAUGCUGGGCCAGCUCUUGUGGCCUCCUCAUGAUACGCCACCCAGCAUCACAAAUUUCCAGACCCCGACAUUUUUGCAUUUGAUAGGUAAAGUCCCAAACGGAAAAGUUAUUGAUCGAGAAGGAAAGCCGGCGGGAUUUUAUGAAGCGCAUGUCGCUGAACAAAGAGCAAGACAAACAAAGAGCGCUGUCCCUCGGCGCGGCCGCAGCGGCGAGGAUAGAGCAGCAAGCGGAGGGCGAAUCCGCUGGGUUGUUGCAAAUCGCGGAGGGGGAAGACGGCGGUGCUGGGUUGAAUGGAAACAACGAAGAAGGAGAAGGGAAAGACACGAAGACCGGCUCUACUUCGAAACGACCCCGCAUCCCCUCCCCACUAGCGCAGGAACUCGCGUUCGCGCCCAACACACGGGUGCAGUCUCUUUCCAAAGCGGUGUCGCUCUUGUCCAGUAAGAACACGUUUGGCGCGGGGAGUACAAGGGAGAACUCGCCGGAUGGAGGCAAUGUGAACGACGCAGCGAGUUCGAGUUCCAAAAGGCCGAAAAUGGGCGACAUUCUGCGGAAAUACCUCGAUAAGUUAUGGCGUUCUCAAAGGUUACAUUUUCAGCUGUUACAUGCAUUUGUAAUGCAAGAACGGCGAAAGUGAAAGGAGGAAGAUCGCGCCUUUUGCAUUACAAGUUUGGCGCAGAUUUAGACGCGGAUUAGUCCUUCGCAAAUUUGUCAUGCGGAGCAGCUUGAUCGUGAGGAUGAUGAUGGUGCUUUUGCAUGACAAAUUCAUGUAAACAGUUGAGAGUGUAACAUUUGAGAACGCCAUAUAAGUCGAAGGAGGAUUUUGAUUUCCGAACUAACCGGCAGUCGAAGGGGUCGAAAUUCUCCGUCCUGGAUUACGCCGAGGAUGAGCAAAUUGGGCCGUUCACCGUUUCCCCGAGAGUAUGCAUUGCAAUAUAUGUCUGGGUGGUCUGGAAGAGCGCAAGCUUCUGAUGCGAAUUUCAAAUGACACAAGUAUCUGUCAUGCAUGGACAGCAAAAGUUGCGCACUUCUUAUCACCGAAGGCGGGGAUUUGUCAUGCGGAUUAGGCAUGAAGAACCCUCCUUAGAACCUGUGAUGCUAGUGCUGGCAUGCCAGACCUGCUUGGUAAGGCAAAAAACAGCAUGAGAAACAUCUGCAUUCGUCCAGACAUGAUCCAGGGAUAUUUGCAUUUCAUAGAGAGCCAGGCAUUCCUUUCGACGCUCGAACCGCCACGUGGAGCAGGAACUACUCGACCGGGAUUUUCGCCGGACCAGGAACGUAUCAAAUGUAAAAAUGUCUGGGUCUGGAAGAAUGCAACUUGUCAUGCUAAAUCUUAAGCAUGCAAAAAUCUGUGCUGCAUGAUUACCAAAAGUCGUCCAGUUUUGACCAAGUCGGGAGGGAGUUUCUCAUGCAGGAUAGGCAUGAGAGAGAUCGCACAGCUUCUGUCAUGCUAGGUCCUGCAUUCCAGACCUCAUGGGUCAUGGAAAAGCUGCAUGACAAAUCGCGCACUCUUCCAGACCCAGACACUUUUGCAUUCGAUAGAACGAUUACGCGUACCACAAGGACGCGCUGCAGGUGUUAGAAGAGCAGAAUCUCAUGCAGAAAGGCGCCUUAGAUCGACAGAAUUACACGCCGAAGAACGCGAUUAAACAAAAGAUCACGCAUUCGAAAAUGAAGACGAUUCUGUUAAACGGCUUCCGAAAGUUACUCGAAAACAGCAGCACGAAUUCCGGGCAGACGCACUCUUCCACCGCGGACGGGCCCAGUCGAAAACACUUACACAAAGAGGACUUUAUGCAUUGCAAAUAUGUUUGGGUCUGGAAACUUGUGAUGCAAGGAAGGGAAUAGUGAGCUCACCAUAAUGCGUUUCAAGCAUGACAAGUUUUUUUCAUGCUUCUGACUUGCGUAUUCCGCAUGAGAAACUGCGUUUUUGCAUGACAGGGAGGAGGAGCUCUUCGCGGCCAUGCAAUACAGAGCUCACAGUCAUGCCAGACUAGCACGACAAAUAUCGCAAUCUCCCAGACCCAGACACAUUUCGAAUGCAUAGACUUGCACUUAAAGCAAUUGUCUGAACACAUCCACGAGAUGGGACUGAAUUUACCCGAAAAAUACUUCCUCGAUAUGGACCACUACGCGCACCCGCGGAUUGGCAGCGAAGAGAACUGGCCGAGGACAAGUUAUUUGCAGAAUUUCACGCAUUUGGAGCGGACGAAAAUGGUGCGGAAGUCGGUGGAGGAGACGAGUGUGAAUUUUGCCCCGGAUAAAAUCAAGAAACAAGUCAUCCGGGCGAAUGUGUUGGAUAACACGACGAGGAGCAGUAGAGGAAUUUCUGGAAGUCAAUCCCAAACCUCUACCCGGCGGUCUUCCAGGCGGGGGAGCAAAACUUCGGGGCCUUUGAUUCCAGGAACGACGGGUGUGGCUAGCAAGGCUAGUGAAUAUGCUGGAACAACCAAAACUUCUGUUGCUGCAGCUCCUGGUACAACAGAAGGAGCUCCUCCUGCAGACGGCACACAAGAGCGUGCCCCCUCCUCUCCCCCAGCCGCGGCAAUUCCGUCGACCGCGCAGUUGCAUUUUCUGUCGGCGAAACGGAAGAUGGCGUUGUUUGUCAGUCCGAAGGUGGAGUUGCAGGCGAAACGGGACAAGGUGGCGUUGACAAGACGAGAAAAGGUCCCGUCGAAGCAGGCGAGUUCGGGUGGGGAAGUGAUGGAUUUGACCCAUGUGGAAGUGGUGGACAACGUGGUGAUGCAUGGUGGAGCGGCUGCGGUGUCAGGACCAACAGCGGCUGGAACUGUUACUGCCUCCUCAUCUCUGAGCAAUCGAGGGGGAGUUGGUGGCGGUGCUGAAGGGGACGAGGACGCAGUUGUGGGUGAUCAACAAGCGCUGGACGAACAGGCACAACAAAUGAUGAAAGCAGGGGAGCUACAACAAGCUCAAGAUGACGAAAAAGCUUCUCCACAAACCCGCACGUCCGGGCGCGCUUCUUUGAAGCAGCGGGAUCCUGUGACUUUGCAGGAUUCUCUCACGCACACGCCAACCACUGUACCAGCUGGUGAGCAAGGAAGUAAUCUUCUUACGGGUGCAGGUCCUCCUGGCAACACGACUGAUGGCGCAACAGCUGGUCCCGAGUCUAGCAACACAAAUAGUGCCAACGGGGCACAACAACCGGCAAAAGCAAAUGCCGACGAAGAAUCGGAGAACCAGCCGCACGACAUGAACCUAGCGGAAACUUCUUCCGCCGGGACCGCCGCAAAACCACUUCCGCCCCCAAGGACGACUACGACUUUGGAUGAGGACAUCGUGGACGAAAAUUUAUUGGACACCACGAAAAGCAACGUCGGCAUUGAAGACCAGGAUGGUAUUGAGUCUGAGCUAGGUGAGAAGACGUUUCACUUAGACGAAGGUAUCGCCGGGUCGAAGCAGACGAAUGUCGAAGAGGUGAAGGAGCCCGAAGACCCCGCACUGCACGAUAACCACUUGUUGAAUGGGGGGAGGUAGAGACAACAUUCAUCUGCUGGGUGUACUAGGAUAUUAGUUGCUGUCGUGAAGUAGAUACAUAGGUUCUACUUGCAAAGAAGUCGCUCACGGCUGCCAGUAUACAAGAACCGCUAGAGUAAACUACAGAUGACUACAUCUACUACAUCUUCUCACGCUAGAAACGAAUUUCGGUUUCUGUCACAUUCUUGUCAUCAACAGGUGAGGAACAAAAUAUGUAAGCUGCACGCUCACACGAAAAGUCAUUUUUUCUUUUAGUUUUAGAAGUAUACUGCUAUUGUUUUUGUUAUCAUUUGAAACUGAAAGUGAAAGCAAAUCCAAAUGCUCUAUCUUCAACAAACAAACUGCGUACAACUGGUUAAGUGCUCUCCGAGCUUUUAGUUUUUUCCAAAUACAGGUCCUGAACAUGGCCAGUCGCAGUCCUUUGUGCCAGCAUGAAAAUCAUGCGAGUCCGUAAUUUCCGACACGAAUAAAAACCGUGGCUAUUCUGGUUCGUAGCUGCUGACUAUCUUUUUUCAUCAGUUUCGAUUCUUCAAUUUGAUUUUGAAACCCGACCCGGCGCGGAAGCUCUUCC